UCUGGGUUUCCCAUCAGAUUGAUCUCAACCUUUCUUUCACCGACCGGAGUGAGAGAGAGUUACAAAUUUGGGCGGGAAUCAGCAGAUUGCGAUUGCGCAAUGUGGAGGUGGAGGAAAGCAGCAUCCACAUUCGAAAAUAAGGCGCAAGAAGACCACGACUCCGAUCAGAGUAUAUCUGAAGAGGAUGAAGGGGGUGAUUGCGCCGGAAGUGCAAUUUCCUUGUGUAGAGCUGGAGAUAAGGGAGGAAUGCAGGUUCUCUCACAGCUUGAGAUGCUUAGAGCAGAUUCGCAUGAACUUCAUCCAACUGAAGGGGAGUUCAUCCCAUCACAAGAGAAAAAAGGGGUUUGCCUUGCCGAUGAUGACAUUGAAAAUCCUCUCUUCUUCAGCGGGGAUAGUUCCAAUCAUAGCUCAAAGAUUUCCCCCGCUGCCCGUAACCACAUCAAUAAAGAAACAGCCUGUUUACCAACGGUGGCUUCACUCUCACACACGAAUGAAGAAAUUAUUUCUGAUGACGAGAUAGAGGAAAUAAGUUCCCCUAUUCUUAAAAGUGCAAGAGAGGAUAUUGGUAGCACAUGGUCUGAAGCAACUAGGGAAGCAGAGGCAUUGAAUUGUUUACACAAAAAUUCUUUCCAUUCCUCACUCCAUGGCGCCUUAGUGAAAGAACGUAACUUGUAUAAAAGUGGUGGAGGUGACCGAACAAAAUCAAAGGCCAAAUUUAUAUUUCGUUCACAUUCGCGCACCGAAGAUGCUUGUUUGGUUGUCACUGAUCGGGAUGGGAAUACGUCAUCCAAAAAUAUCACUGAAACAAAUAACAUUGGCGCUGCAGCUGCUGAUGCUGUUGGACACUUUUUCAAUGAGUCUAAGCUUAUUACACUCGCAAAGGAAUCAAAACAGACAGCGGAAGACAUUGUUCCUUCAGAAACUGCCUAUAAACACGAAGUUAGAGAACAUGUGGCUGAAUAUCUCGACUGUGUCAAUGAGCGUAAUGAUCUUCAAGGAAGUUUGAAACAGGGCAUUAACAAAAGAAAAUGGAGAGCACAGAUGGCUUUAAACAGAAACGAGUCUUUAUUGGGUGAUCGAAACCGUGAGGAUGUUAGUGACAGUAGUCCCUCUUGCAGUGAUGAUGAGGAGAAUCCUAAAAGUGUAAAGCCUAUUCUUCGAAGGAGGGCUAUGGUAGAUCAAUUUUGUGAUGCCUUUGGAAUGUCAUCUGCGAUCGAUGAGAGACCAUACAUGGCUUUUCCAGGAUCGUCCGGUGGGGUGCAUCAGAAGUUGCAGCAAGUGAUGAAGAUUGCAAAAGAUACAGAUAUGGAUUACUUAAAGUAUACAAGUGCAUCAAGCUGUUCCAAAGACGAGAGGGCAUGGAUUCAUGUGAGAAUUUUAUCAAGGUCAUUGGAAGCAAAAUUGAUUGUUUGUUCCUGCGCUGCUGUUGAAGACAGCAAGAAAUCACACGAGGAGAAUAACUUCGAAAUGAGAAUGAAAGAUGGAGCAGCAGCAGCCUUGACUGUUAUCUUCAACCCAAGAGUGUGUAGUGAUGUUGAGCUUGAAGUGGGCAACCUGAUUUGCAUACAUCAUCCAUGGAAGGAGAUGCGGGUGAAGGGUAAAGACGAACCGAUACUUUUGUGCUCAUAUUUCUCCCCAAUCAAAACCUGACAGGGAGUUGAAGACCAUGGACCGCGGAUCGAUCCUGGAUCUUGCAUUCAAUCAACGGUGUGGAUGCAUCUGGAUGUGGGGUCCAUGGACUUCCUGCUGCAUACCCAGCCGUUGCGUGUGGUUAAAG